AUGGCGGGAGGUGUCGCAAAAUGCAGCAAGAUCCGGCACAUUGUGAGGCUGAGGCAGAUGCUGCGACAAUGGCGGAACAAGGCGCGAAUGUCGUCUGUCAGACGCAGUGUACCGUCUGAUGUGCCAUCAGGACACGUGGCGGUCUACGUUGGGAGCAGUUGCAGGAGAUUCGUGGUGCGCGCGUCGCAUCUGAACCAUCCCGUCUUCACGAAUCUUUUGGUCAAGGCCGAAGAGGAGUUCGGUUUUGCGAACCACGGUCCGUUGGUUAUCCCAUGUGAAGAAUCAGUUUUCGAGGAAUCGAUUCGGUUGAUAACCCGGUCAGGUCGGUUAACUUGUACCGACGAUUUAAAGAAGAGCCGCCACGGUGGCAUUAGGAGCAAGCUGGAUCUAUUGAUCGAAUCUCGUCCGUUGCUUCACGGUGUCUCCGAGAAGGCUAUCAUCUGGUGA